AGCAUAACUUUUUUUCCUCUGGAUUUUUGGGAAUCCUUUUGGAAACCAGACGAUGCCUAAACUCAGUUUUCCCUAGAAGGGGAGUCCAAAUCGUCGACCGAAAAUCACGUAUCCCAUAUCUACGACUUCGUAUAAGCAGCUUUCACAACGAGCUGCCGAGGAAGUCUUUCGCACUGCGUUGCCAGAGCCCCUGAUUGUAGAACGGCAGCGGCAGCGGCAGCGACAACAACAACGCCGAAUAAGCCGUUCCAAAAAUGGCAUCCAUGUUAGCAGGCGCCUUCCGUCAAGAGGAAAUGAAGGAUCUUGCCACGGCAGUAGGCCAUAUUCUCUUAUGCAAGUUUCCGAGUUUACAGAAGAUCAUCCAUUUUGGGGGACCUUACGGCAGUCCCAAAUCCCCGACACCAAACCCGAGACGAUUGACAUCGCCGAUAAUAGACACCCGUAUGAGAAUGGUACUCCUAUGGAAUUUAUUGAUAAUGGACCACUCCCAAAUCCAAUAGGUAGCCAUGCCUGCCAGACAGAUAGGGGUCGGCGACAAAAAGGGUUGAACAUCGCGGGGCAAAAUCGAGAGUAUAACCGAGAAAAGCGGUUUGGUCUUGCAGAUCCUGUCGUUUGGGAUGCGAUCAAUAGAUCGCUCGGCCAACAACGACGACUGUCUUCUUUGAUCAUACCAGAAGAUACCGCAGUACACCAUCCUUUAGAGUCAGAUAUACCAUCUCGCACCCCGAGCCAGCGCAAAGCCUUGAAUAAAUUCACGAGGCAACUGGAAAAGUAUGCGGAUGUUGCUGGAGUAGCUAGUAAGCUUCCAGUUAUGACACCCACUGAAUCGGAAUCUAAGGUAUCGUAUCAUACUGUUCAGCCAUUGGUACCAUAUCAGGACGAGUUUCAAGCUGCUGGCCUUGCAGUAACAUCUGCAGAGCAAGGUCGAAUGGUGCCGAUGCAAAUGCAUAAUGAAUUUGAUGGGCAAGGCGAUAUUGUUGAUAAUCGGUCGUGCUCAAGCUCUGGAACAUUUAUUGAGUUUACCACAGACAAGAAUCUCGUGGAGGAACUACCGAGAUCCCAAUCGAAGUCAAAGAAGAAGUCAACAUCCAAGGGGAAGAGAGGGAUCUUCCCGUGGCUGAGGAGGAAGAAAUCGCCAGCUACAGAACCCCGUAGUAGUCGAAUUAUGUCACAGCAGGCAUGGCAGGCGAGGAGGGAUAAUCGCACUCAAAGUCGGCCCAAGAAUAAUGAUUCGCAAAAAAUAACUGGUCUUCGUCACUCCCGCACUCCUCGAGUCCGACCGUCUCAGGUACCUGAGAUCAGUCCACCUGUUUUACGGCCCCGGAACCCAAUAAGACCACCUCCCAGUUUUGUUACUCCCAAAAGGCCCCCAGUUGCCGCAUCUUCAUCUGCCGAGAUCAAGCAAAGUGAUCGUAAACCUUGCUCAGGAGCAACAAUUCCACCACGGGGUUCAGGGCCUGAGGCUAAGCAACCGACAGUUCAGACCGGGCUGCGUAAACGAGAUACAUCUAUGGUUCGCCAAUUGCGUCCCGAAACCAUUGAGGAAGAGAAAGAGUCAUUGCCAAGCUACUACUACUUAGAUCAGUCGAAAGUUCAGAUAUACCCGCGACCGAAUCAAAGGGAUGCAUCAAUACAUACGACCAUAGAGAAUGAACAUCCUCGUGGGACGUCAUCACAAAAUACUCCAUCAACGGUUCCGUCAUUACCAUACACUGCUCGGUAUGCUCUUAGCCGACGCUCAUCAUUAGAAAGAGCAUUAAACGAGGUUUCUUAUCAGCUUGAAAGGAUGGAACAAGAAGCGGACAAGACGGCCCGUUUAUGUAGUCGCCCCCCGACCUUGACAGAGAAGACGAAUCAAAAGGAGCAGGACGAAGAAGUACGCCGUUCCAGCCAACAAUAUGCAGAGGCUGCUCUUCCACGUCGACCCCAGCCAACUGAAGAGGUUAUAUUUGUAAACCGGAGGAUGCCGCCAGUCAAAUCUCCCAGGCCGAAACAAAGGCUCAAGUCCUCACCGCCACCGCCUCCACCUCCGCUUAAGCAUACUCGGGCUGCUCAUAUUUUGGUCAAAAGGGAUCCGAUACCUAACCCUCCGAAAGAAAAGACACUGCCCAAGACGCCUCAAAUGUCCCCGGCUGAGAAGGUUAUGGGUGAUUUGGAUGUAUUCUUUAACUACGACGAUGCAAACAUCAACGACCGAGAUGUUAUCAAGGGGCUUCAAGUAGCUAUACACGCAGCAGCGGAUAACACGUAUGAUGCGUGGAUACGAGAGAAAACCGGGUUAAGGAUCCGACGAUUCUUGGCUGAUCUGAAGUCGGUGGGCGAGACGGGACAAGAAAACGCAACUGGCAAGCGCGCGUGAGAGGCGCGUGUGGAACCUGGGAGGUUGUAAUGCAUACGGGAUUGUAAGGGUCUGGAUUAUAGAUGGCUUCUCUACCUUGUUUUCUCCUUCUUCCCUUUUACCUCCUUUUUUUUUUCUG